GACUUUCCUCGGGAAAUGGAGAACAGUACUCCAGGGCCAACAGGCGCGUCGACUCGGAAGCGGAAGCGUAUCCCGAUUGCUUGCAGCUCCUGCCGUGCUCGGAAGUCGAGGUGUGAUGGUGUUAGGCCUCAGUGCUCCGCUUGCGUCGAACAAGGUAUCGAAUGUAUCUACGCAGCCAACUCUGGUGGGAGCAAUGCGUUGGUACCGAAACAAUAUCUCGAACAAGUCGAACACCGCUUAGCCGAUGUUGAAGAAGAAAUCAGUCGGCUCAAAAGACUUAUACCCGCCUCGUUUCUACAAGGAAAGCAACACGUCCUCUUUCCACGUAGUAUUUCUGGCCGUACCGACGACUUUUCGGAAGUCAACUAUCCCGAGGAGUCACUGAAUGUUGAGGAUGGAAGCGUCACGCAGGGGAUCACCCCCGACGCGACCGACGGUGUUGGUACUAUUGAAUUUACCACAGACGAAUCUUGGGCGUAUUUCGGGCCGUCAUCCAAUAUUGCCUUCACGAGAAUUAUCCGCCGCACGCUUGACCACUUAUUGAACAAGACCCAGAAAGAUGAGCGUGGAGAUGCAUCCUCGACGCCUGCAAAGCAUGCACAACAACACAUCCUGGCUGUCUCGAGAUCUCAGUCACCAGUCACUGAUUCCUUCGACUCAAGGAAACUCGAAAAGCCAUCCGAGGCAUCCCGUUUGCCACCCGAAGAAGAGGUCAUCAAUCUCGUGCGCCAAUUCUUCCGUGACACAGGUCUACUAUUUCCUUAUAUACACGAAGAAAGUUUCUGGAAAACGUACGCUCAGUACCGAGCAACGGGCAUGCAGAAUGCGAAAACCGCUUGGCUUGCACUAUUGCAAAUGGUUUUGGCCAUGGCUACGAGUACCAUGAACGCUACAGGUGUCGGUUUGGGCGAUCGACAGGCAAUAUCAGAGGUUCAUUACCGGCGCGCCAAAGCCCUCUCUAUGACUGAGAUGAUGACAGGGGCCAACGUAGAAGCAGUCCAGGCCAUGCUCCUGAUGUCACAGUACCUUCAAGGCAGCCAACGGUCUAUACAGACAUGGGCAAUACACGGGCUCGCUGUGAAAGCUGCACUCGAGUUAGGGUUUCAUUCCGAAUUGGCUCUUCAAAGAUUCGAACCACUCGAAAGAGAAAUAAGGAUACGCACUUGGUAUGGAUGUGUCGUACUCGAUAGCACGCUUUACGGUGUGACCGCCGCCGUGAUUGACGAUCUAUACGAAAGCAACAUCGGAUCAAUAUCGGUUAUUCCGUUAACAAACACCGUGGCUAGUGUGAUACAGAUUGGACAGAAACUGGCAGACUGGCAGGCAUCUUUACCUCUAUCGAUGCAACUUGUAGAGCCGAGUGAAGUCGCCAGCCCUGAGGGGAAGUUGAUGUUAUUGAAGUUCCGAGUAAUACUCACACUUCGGUAUCAUAAUUUGCAACUCCUGUCACAUCGCCCAAUACUAGACCGCUGUCUACAAUCAUUCGAUGGAAGCCCUCAGUCUCUUCAGGAAGCAGCCACGCUGCAACAGGCGUGGCAUCUAAGUAGAACAGUAUGCCUGCGGUCGGCGGAAGCUAUCAUUCGCUUGGUUGAAGCCUGCAAACUUGCGAAUGAUGUCCAACCUACCGUUUCAUUCCUUGGAGCAUGGUGGUUUAGCCUGUACUUCACCUUCAAUGCCUCUUUGACUAUUGUUGCGACAAAGCUGGUCGAAGAUAGCUAUGGAUCUAUGCCUUUUGAUCAAGGAUAUACAAAUACCGCUUUACGGCUUGACGAUAUUCUAAAGAGUGCAGUCAGUUGUAUUGCGCGAUUGGAUAUCCAGAACCCCAUGGUAGAGAAGUGCGCAAAGUUCACCGCGACCUUGAUCUUCAUGGUCCAAAGCUUGCAAAUAGCUCCGGGACAGGAUGACAUCACCCGUGAAGUGGGAGGGAUGGGGCCAAGCCACGCAGUUGCCUCAAAUGGAGGCGAGAAUGUGCAAAGCACGCAAAUAUCGGCGAAUGGAGGAAUGGAUGACGCCUUUUCCAACCUGAUGAACUAUCUCCCACCCAACUUCAACGAUUUUCCCAACACUGGUGCAAACUUCUCCAUGUCGGAGUUGAUGGAUGAUUUUGCUACAGGGGACUUGUUUUGGUAG